CAUCGGGAGCGCGCGAUGCCACGUGAUGCUGUCUUCGGCCAAUGGGGGGCACGGAAUUCGCGGGGGGGAAGCGCGUCCCCGAGUGGCGGCGGGAGCGCAGAGAGCAAGAGAGCGCGGCCGAGCAGCCCCGGACCCGAGCGAGCGAGUGAGACAGGGAGUGAGACCCCCGGCCCCCAGCGAGCCAUGUCCGAGGAGAAGCCCAAGGAAGGAGUGAAAACGGAGAAUGACCACAUCAACCUGAAGGUGGCCGGGCAGGAUGGCUCCGUGGUGCAGUUCAAAAUCAAGCGGCACACGCCUCUGAACAAACUCAUGAAGGCCUAUUGCGAGAGACAGGGCUUGUCCAUGAGACAGAUUCGAUUCCGGUUCGAUGGACAGCCCAUCAAUGAGACGGACACCCCUGCCCAGCUGGAAAUGGAGGACGAAGACACCAUCGACGUGUUCCAGCAGCAGACAGGGGGCGCGUGUUAGGCGGGGCCGCGCCCGACGGUGCCCCGCCCCCCGCCCCCUCCUCUCUGACUCCCCCCGCCCCGCGGGGGGCCCCGGCGGCCCCUGGCUUUGGGCCCGCGUGGAAUGUUCUCUUUGUCGAAGUAAAAGCUCCUGGCUUGUUUGUCCUCGCACCUCCUCCUUCUGUCCCCGCCCCCGGCCCCGCCCCGCUUGUGCUGCUCCCCGACUGCCUCGUCUAAUCAUGUAAAUACUCCAGUCCAGUUCCUGCCAGCAGGGGGCGGGGCCCCGUCAGCUCAAUCAGGAUUGUGUGCGCUGAUUCGCCGCGGGGCGGGAGACUCCCUCCUCCUCCUCCGGAGCCCGGGACCAGGGACGCCCCGCAGGCGGCACCCUUCCCCCGCCCCCUCCCCGCCCGUCUGUGGGACCAAGAUGGGCCCGCCGCGUGGGGAAGCGGCCUUGCGGGCCCUUCUCGAUUCCGAGGCGCCCCGCUUGCGUGAGCCUGCCUGGCGAGGAGGCCGACCCUUUCCUGUGGCGUGUCUGUGUCUGUGGGCGGGGGUGGGAGCUCUCAUUUGUACGUCCUCGUCGUCCUUUACUACUGUACACAGUAAAUCUAGUUUGGUACUCUG